GAGUUCCGGUCUAGGUCUCGUCAGGAGAAGUUCCAUAAUACAGUCUGGUUUUCCAUGAAGAAGCAGGAAAUACGAACAAUGUAACCGCACAACAGUGAUUACCCUUCUUUUUCUGAUUUUUAGUGGAAUACACAGAGCAGUGGCAGAACCCAAGGAACAGAUUCUAAACAGGAAAGUGUCAGACUGAGAUCAUCAGAAGAUCCAGAAUGAAGAUCCAGAUGUUUCUGUGUUUUCUGGGACUGAGUUUCCACAGCGCUGCUGCAGUGACUCAUUCUCUGAAGUAUUUCUACACCGCUUCCUCUCAAGUCCCGACCCUCCCAGAGUUCGUGGCUGUUGGUUUGGUUGAUGAUGCUCAGAUUGAUUACUAUGACAGCGACAUCAGAAUGGUGGUUCCUAAACAGGACUGGAUGAAGGAGGCCAUGGAUGGACAGUACUGGAAGACAGAAACUGAAAACCGGCUGGGUGACCAGCAUACCUUCAAAGCCAGAAUUGAAAUAUUAAAGCAGAGCUUCAACCAAACUGGAGGUGCUCAUGUGGUUCAGAACAUGUACGGAUGUGAGUGGGAUGAUGAGACUGGAGAGGUCAAAGGUUAUGAUCAAUACGGUUAUGAUGGAGAAGACUUCAUUGCUCUUGACCUGAAGUCAGAAUCAUGGAUUGCUGCAAAACAGCAGGCUGUCAUCACCAAAGACGAGUGGGACGAUAACAAAGCUUUCACAGUAGGACGGAAGAACUACCUAACCCAGAUUUGUCCUGAAUGGCUGGAGAAAUACGUCAAUUAUGGAAGCAGCUCUUUGAUGAGAAAAGUUCCUCCAUCAGUGUCUCUCCUCCAGAAGUCGUCCUCCUCUGCAGUCAGCUGUCAUGCUACAGGUUUCUAUCCUGACAGAGCUGAACUGCUGUGGAGGAGAGAUGGAGAGGAGAUCCAUGAAGGAGUGGAGAAAGGACAGAUCCUCCCCAACAAUGAUGGAACUUUCCAGAUGAGCGUUGAUCUCCAACCUCCAUCAGGAGAAGACAUGCAGAGAUAUGAAUGUGUGUUUCAGCUCUCUGGAGUCAAAGAAGACGUCAUCACUAAACUGGAGAAAGCAAAGAUCAGAACCAAUGAAGGUUCUUCCAGUCAGAUGUUGAUCAUCAUUGGUGUCCUUGUUGCUGUUAUCGCUGUCGUUCUCUCUGUGUCUGCAUUCAUUUUUUACAAGAAGAUGAACUUUUUCAAUUUGGUCAAGCCUCCACCAUCUCCUGUAGACAACAAGGAGAUCCAGCAGCAGAUGCUGCAACCAGAAAAUCCAUCAGCCUGAGAGAUGAACUCUCCUCUGAACAGUUUGGGAAAUAAAUCUGCAAAAUAUUAAGGAGCAAAGAAAAAGCCCUUUUUCCCUGUGAAGUGCAAUUUUCUUAUGAUGAUUAAAAAAAAAAAAACAUCUUCUUAAUACAAAUUAAUAAGAUUUACCAUAUCUAAGAGACUCAGUUAUGCUUUGCUAUUUUAAAUCUUUGAGAAAAUUCCAGCUUGCAAACAGACACAUUUGGUCUUUAAAAGCAUAAAAACAUAUAAAACAGAUACAUUGGACUUGGUUUUACUAAAAUGCUUAUGCUUUUUCAUAUCCUUUUUUUAUCUGUAGAAACUAAAGUUGUGUGUUCUGUGAUGGCAACUUGUUUCUGCUCAUUUAAAUGUUGUUUCAGUUCUAAAUAUUAUCUGUCUUUAUUGAUUAUGUUUGUAUAUUUUGAAGCUUAUAGACAUAUAGAUGCAACACAUCGCUUGACUUGUAAAGCUCUCGGGUUAUUAAAGAAUAUAAAUGAAAGUUAAGCUUAAGUUUUAUGGGUUUCUGUUCUUGUCUUGUGUUUUUUCUUGUAUUGACUUGUGUGUUUUUGAUGGAUUUAAAAGAUUUUCUUUUGUAGACUUCGUAAUGGUUGCCGCCACAAAUCAGUUUCAACCACGACCUGAAACUUGCAAACUUGUGUAUGUAUUUAACAGGUUUUAUUUUCAUGGACUUUGUGGUCAUGUGUUGUAUUUAUCGUCACCCCCCUGGAUGAACGGAACCCACUGUAAGGUGACAGGAGCGUGGAGGAGCAAGCAACUGCAUAUGUGGAUUACUUUUCUCUGCUACUUUAGGAUUUCCCCACUGAUCAUUUUUUUGGUGGAGUGCUUUUUUCCCCAGAGAGCUCGGAUUUACCAAUACGAGGAUUAGCAGCAGCCUCGUGAAUGGGGGGGAUCCCAUUCCAGCGAGUGAGACGGAACGGCUUCGCACCAAACAAUUGAGAUUGUCUGACAUUAUCUUUUCUUCCAGAGCAUUUUCCUUUUUUUUUUUUGACAAGACUGCAGAACUUGGGUUUGAACUGUGGGUUUUGUAUAUGUUAUGGACUUUGAGUACCGGCAUAUCAGGUCGUUUGUAUUUUGAGUGUUGGGUGUGGUGUUUAAUCGAUGUAAAGCACAUUGGUAAAUACAGAGAAUACACAUUAUGCUUUUUCGUUGUGCAGACGUUCACAUGUAUAGCCAUUUAUUGCUGCUUGGAGUUUGAAUGUUGAUUACUGCACCAAUAUAGGGAGAUGGAGAGAGCAUUUA